AUGGCCUCCGAGAGCAAGGUUGCCGAGCCGGUGGCGCCGACCAAGCGGCCGUCGUCGCCGCGCCGCUUCUUCGCCCGCAUCUACGGCGCCGACUCACCACCCCCGGCGCCGCAGCCGACCGCCCCCGUGCCGCCUGUCACGCUGAUGGUGGCGCCGUACCUGCACCGUGCGUUGGCCGCCGGCGCCGACACCAACGCCUUCGCCGCUGGGUUUUCCGCCUUCCUGGCUCGGCGAAGGCGUAAAGAAGGACGUGGUCCUCGUCGGCAGAGAACCACAUUCAGCUCUGAGCAAACCUUGCGUUUGGAAUUGGAAUUUAGCAGAUCUGAGUACAUCUCUCGGUCACGGAGAUUUGAACUGGCGGAAAGACUGUCCCUAACCGAGACGCAGGUCAAAAUUUGGUUCCAAAACCGCAGGGCAAAGGACAAGAGAAUCGAAAAGGCGCAGCUCGACCAACAUUACCGGUGA